AGGAAAGCCAGAAGCGCUAGGGAUUAUAUUAAUAUUUGAAUAUAACUAAUAACUGAAAUCAAAAUGGAAGUGUGUUCCAAUUUUGCUCGUGCUAUUACCCGCAAGAAGCAUAUUGAUGAAGGAACAAUGAAUGAGUCGAAGCUGAGAAGGAUUCUAAAUACUUUUGAUAUAACUGCUCUUGGUGUUGGAUCGACUCUGGGUGCGGGAGUCUACGUACUGACAGGGGCCGUUGCAAAGAAUACGAGUGGACCAAGCGUUGUUAUUGCGUUUCUCAUCGCAGCAUUGACUUCAGUACUAUCUGGUUUAUGUUAUGCCGAAUUUGGAGCACGCGUGCCUAAAGCUGGAUCAGGAUACGUUUACAGCUAUGUUACAGUCGGCGAAUUAUGUGCCUUCGUCAUUGGGUGGAACCUCAUUCUCUCUUACGUGAUUGGCGCUGCCAGUGUUGCCAGGGCUUGGACAGCAAAUUUCGAUGCUUUGCUCGGAAACAAGAUUGAGACAUUCAUGUUGAGUUGCUGUUCGAUGAACGCUCCUGGACUUGCUGCUUAUCCUGAUAUAUUUUCCUUCGUUAUUAUCAUUAUUUUAACAGCUCUAAUUGCUUUUGGUGUGAAGGAGUUUGCAGUUGUCAAUAAAAUUUUCACUGUGUUGAAUAUUUGCGUUAUCAUAUUUGUUGUGAUUGCUGGACUCACUCACGCCAACUUAGAAUACUGGAAUCUCACACCCGAUCAAAUCUACAACAUGACUAUUGAAGCGAAUAACACUGUUAAUGUUACGUAUGGUGAAUAUGGAACCGGUGGAUUUGCUCCGUAUGGAUUUGCAGGUUUAAUAUCGGGAACUGCAACAUGUUUCUAUGCUUUCGUUGGCUUCGAUUGCAUCGCAACAACAGGCGAAGAAGCAAAAAAUCCACAAAAGGCAAUUCCGUUGGGUAUUGUUUUCUCAUUGACCAUCUGUUGCUUUGCCUACCUCCUAAUUUCAUCAACGCUAACACUAAUGCAACCAUACUUUCUUCUGGACACUGAUGCUCCGUUACCAUACGCUUUUGAGUAUGUCGGACUAGAAUGGGCAAAAAUACCAGUUUCGAUCGGAGCAAUUUGUGCUCUCUCUACCAGUCUGCUGGGGUCCAUGUUUCCGAUGCCUCGUAUCAUCUAUGCUAUGGCAGUGGACGGACUUCUCUUCAGUUUUUUUGCAACGGUCAGCAAGAAAACAAAAACACCUGUGAUCGCAACUUUCAUCUCUGGAACAUUAGCAGGUAUCAUGGCUGUCCUAUUUGAUUUGAAGGAAUUAGUUGAUCUGAUGUCAAUCGGAACAUUGGCUGCAUACACUCUUGUUGCUUCAUCUGUCAUGUUAUUGAGGUAUCAGCCAGAAAAGCGACCUCGUUUGAAGCAUGUAUCUUCCAUGAAACCUGGUGGGUUCGACGGUGAAAAGGCCAUGAUGGACACAGCGCCAAUGACCACUGAUAAUGGUUACACUGGCCAUGAAAGGAAGAGUUCAUUCAAUGUGGUACAUUUAGUCAUACCAAGGGGCAGCAGUCCCACUGAAAUGUCAUCAACAAUUGUUAACUGGGCAACUGUUAUUACCGGUACUUCAAUGGUUUUAUUUAGCAUUGUUGCAAUAAUAGCUGGCAAGAAUGGAUGGACGACUGGAUCUAUAUUAUUUGCUUGUAUAUUUGGCGUUGUCAUCAUAGGUGCAAGCAUUGUGAUAAUUCUUCAACCUCAAAACAAUGAAAAAUUAACGUUCAAAGUGCCUCUUGUUCCAUUUAUUCCUAUAAUCAACAUGUUCGUAAAUCUAUAUUUGAUGGUUUCACUGCCUGUCAGUACGUGGUAUAAAAUGGUUAUAUGGAUGGUUGUAGGCUUCGUAAUCUACUUUGGGUAUGGAAUUCGACAUAGUGUUGAGGGACUUAACGAUGACGCUGGUCAAAAUGGAGAUGUUAGAUUUAUGAACAAUCACGACGAAGGGUAUGCCGUUGUUCCUACGCAAGAUGACGAACAACCUUUGGAAGAAAAAGAAUCAGAAAUUUAAAAAGAAGAUUUAAUAAUAAAAAAACAAUUUUUAAAAAGGAGGAAUAGGAAAUAAUCAACUUGCGAAGUUGAAAAUAAUUAAUAAUUUUUGUGCCUUAUUUUUUUGGUGUUGUCGCUGCUUCACUAUCUCCCAAAGUUGUGUGUAAGAACUACUGGUUUCGUAGAUUUUCAAGCGUUACUGAUCGAGUUCUAAAGAAAGUAAUAAUUCACAAGGUGUUCAUAAAGUCGUGUGUUAAAUUAGGUAAAAGAACUUUGAUGUGCGUCGUUCUGAUAAUGAUGGCCAUAUAAAGAUGUAUCAAAUGAAGUAAAGAACACUAAAAACUAGUUAAGAUAUCUUGGCAACUCACUUCAUAACAAAAUUGUAACAGGACUUAAUGAGCACCCUGUACUAUAUAAUAAGUUUUCCAUAUUAUUUGGAUAUGUUCUACAGUACUAAAUUUCUAAAACUGUAUAUCAAAAUUGAUUUGGGUGUUGAAUUUCCACAGGGUUACCCAUAAAAAUAAUUAACUGAAUAAAAAGCUCGUCCAGGAGAUUUGUUUGAGUUAUUAUUCAAAUUAUUUGUUGUCAGCAAGAUGCAAACUUCGAAGAGAAAAUGCCGUUUCUGACUGCUUUUUUGGGUAUAUGAUUAUGACUUUUACACAUUUCGUUAAGGUGCUAAGUACUGGGAAUAUCUCUCCCAUAAAGUAAAAUUACUCUGUAAAUAACAUUAGUCCCAUGCUUCAUAAACAUUUUGUUGCAAAAAUGGCACUUUUUUUUGUUCGAUUUACGUACUAUCGAUACAGAAAUUGUUUCUGUUAAAUAUUUUUCAAUUUAGAAAUUGAUUGUUGAGUAAUGGAGAUCUGGUUAAUUGUAAAUAAUUAUUUAUAACCAAGAUUGAAAUGCCAAAUUCAUGCGUACCUUUUGCUCAGAAGCCUUGAAAAAUCAAACAUUGGGGUUGCUGCCAAUUUAAAUCAGUUUUAUUUAGUGAUUGGUUUCCUAAGAUUGUAGGCUGUCUUCCUAGUUCAGUAAUUCAAAUUUACACGGUGAGGCAAAACAGUCUCUCAUAUUUUAUUUUGAAUAUGGGAAGUCUUUUUCCCACCCUGUAUUAUCAAGGUUUGUUUGUAUUUGAUUAUUUUGGUGGGGCUUUAAAACGUGGGCUCCCCCAUGAGUUUAUUUGGUGUAAACAUUUUUGAUCAUGAAAUCAGUACCGGUACCCAAGAUAUCAAGAUCUGACAAGUGGUGUUUUACUUUUGCCAACAAUGUUUGGUUAUAUUUAUGUCUCACAACCUUCCAAUUUGUACAUAGUAAUUGUUGUUUAUUGUUCAUUGUCUUAUUUUUUCGGUCAAGGAAAAUUAUCACCCAGAACUUUGUUUAUGUAAAAGGUAAUCAGACUCGUUAGUUUCUUAUAUUAAAUCAGUGUGAAUUUAAGUUGAGAAGUCGAAAUAUUUUUUUUUUUUUCAUUUUUUUCUCGUCGCCUGAUUUUCAAUGACUUGUAUCUAUAAUUGUUAUUUCGCAUUUCUUUUGCCCGGGAACGUCAUUAUUAUGUUCAGUCAAUAUCCUGGUACAGGGUAACUUAUUUAGUUGACUACGGUAAUCAAAUUUGAACUAUGUGUCAUAAAGACAGAUGUAAACUGAGGGAUUUCACAAUAGGUCAAUGGAGUCAGAGUCUUAUUUUCGAAAUGAAAUUUCGAAUUUCCUCGAGUCAAAGUCCAAAUUUCUGACACAUUUUUACAGAAACUGUAAAAAUUGAGUUGAUGAAAAUUGAAUAAGUGUUUUUAGCAGUCUCUAUUAAAUGAGGCUUGCAUAAGUCAUUGUUAAUUUUCCACUUCUGAUCUUAACAUAAAACUGAAUUUGGCUAUACGAUGUUAAAUUUCAUCUAGACUUUAUCAUUUCAAAACCAUUAUCAAUUCUAUUCGAAAUACAUAGCAAAUCGUAAUACUCCAUUUUACGCUAUACCUCUUCUAAGUGUCCUGUUUAUUUCUUCUAUUAUAGUGUAUGUAAUAUAUCAGAAAAUUACCUUUUUACAAGCAUCAAUAUGAUGAAGCACAAAAUAAAACAUCAAUUUUCAUCGAUACUUUUCUUUUUCUUUAUUUAAAUUACUCUUUAUUGAUCAUGCCAAAAAUGAAGCCGUUUCAAUAAGUUGUUUUCCUAAUUUGUUUUUCACUUCAAAUUUACUAACAGUGAAGCAAAAUUUGACCACUGUGAAUUAGGUAACAUUAUGAAAUCGCAUGCCACUGUUUUUUCAUGAUACUUUGGCAAACUCAAAUCUCUAUUCUCCUCUUUGAUUGGUCUUAAUUCAAAGUGUAAUUAGAACCCUUUUUCCUUGUUUUGACAAAGUAUUUUUUGUAAUGGUUAUCUCACUGAAACGGGGGUUCUCGACUUUUCUCUCUUUACACCCCCUCCCCAAAUUUUGAACACCCCCUAACUUUAUGGUGUGAUGACGCACUUCCUAACUUAAACAUAAUUGUAUUCAAUUAUCCAGGGGCUAAGAAUAGUUUUAUAACUGAUAACCCCGUAAAUUUGAAAACAUCCCCCUAAAAUGAAAAGCUGAAGAGCAUACUGCCCUAGCUGUGUAUGUGAACUGUCUUUUCCUGUGCGUCGUGACUAGACUUGUCUCCCCAUAGCGAGAGCGUAAUAACAUUCUAUUAUGCAACACAGAAUACCUCAUCCCAACGAUGUUGCAAUUUGCUAUGUGGCCAAGGCACUCACUUUACCCAUUUACGCUCAGUUGGGAACCCUUGUUUUAUAAGAUGUGUAGUCAUGAUACUUUCUAUCCAUGGUUUAAUUUCCAUGUUCUUACAUAUCUGAAAAAUGGUUUUAUCCACUUUUUUAAAUGUGACAUAUUACAACAACAGUUUGGCUUACUUAUUUGGGGCCUGUGGCUAUCUCUAUUCGGCCUUCUACGCCGAUGGCUUUAUUGUUGACCACUUAUUUAAGGUUAAUGUGUUUCCUUUCGAUAUAUUUUCAACUUAGCUGUUAUUAAGGGUAACUUAUUUAAUUUAAUGUUUGUAAAUAUUUGUAUAUAAUCAUGGCUUCGAUGCUUCAUAUUUCACAUCAGUCAGAAUCAUACUCUUGUGCUUAAUUGAGAUAUUUACCUCACAGAGGUAAAAGUGGAUUUUAUGAAGCAUUGUUGCUAUUCUUUUGAAAUAAAAAGCUGACGUUUUGUGUA